CUGAGCCUGCCCAUGUUCCUGGACUCGGACCUGCCUCUGGUCCACAGGGACUACUUCUCCCCGGCCCGUGGUUCCGGACAGGAGCCGCUGCCCGACCCGGUUCGGCAGCUGCUGCUCCCGGUGCGGACCGGCACCGACCCGACCAGCCUGUCCGGAGCCACCGUCAGGACGUCGUGCGAGCGGAACCGGAUGCAGCUGCAGGUGGACCGGAGGGUUCUGGGCCUCGGGGAGCCGGUGACCCACCUGAGACUGGGCUCGUGCCGGGUCAGCAGGUCCACUCAGGACCUGCUGUACUUUGAGCACGAGCUGCACAUGUGCGGAACCAGACGGAAGAUGCUUCAGAACCGAAUCGUUUACUUCAACGAGCUGCGAUACGACCCACCAGAACCCCGAGGACCCGUGAGACGGACCGCCCCGUUCCGCCUGCCUGUGGCCUGCUACUUCAACAGGUUUGUGUACUCCUACAAGAUCGGGUACCAGCCCAAGGUCCAGAUCCGCAAAGUCCUGAAAACAAUGAAGAACUCUUCUAGAUUCAUCCUGACGCUACGAAACGCUGAGUGGGAGGAGCUGUCCCGCCCCCCUCAUUACGUCCUCGGGGAGCCCAUGUUCUUCCAGGCCGAGACGUUUCUGUCCGACGGCGAGAGACUUUACGUCCACUCGUGUCACGUCACACCUGAGACGUCCCACCUGUCCUCGCCUCAGCAUCCUGUCAUAAAGAACUUUGGGUGCAUGGAGGAGAGCAGGAACAGCCGGUCCAGGUUCCUCCCGCACAGAACCGGCGCCGUCAGGUUCUCCGUGGACGCCUUCCUGUUCAAAGGCGCGGCGGCUCAGCAGCUCUACAUGCACUGCGCCAUGUCGGUGGGCGGGGCCAAGCCCACGCCGACCGCCAAGUCCUGCAGCUACGACUCGAAGACCCGCAGGUGGGUGGAGGCUUCAGGUUCUGACUCGGUUUGUGGUUGUUGUGAGUCCAGCUGCGGCGCCGAUGGUUCUGCAGAGAAUGAAGUCUUCAGCAGCACCUCGUGGACCGUAGACCCUCAGGUCAGGUCCAUGACCCCCAACAGGAACAGGAAGAAGGCUGAGGGGGCGGAGCCUGAGCUGCGCUGGCCAGUCAGAGGUGGAGGGGAGGCGUGGGUGGAGGAGGAAGCAGGUCCAGGACUUCAGAUGAUGAAACGCUGAGAGAAGAACCCGAUCAGAUUCUCAAAAACAUCAAGCUAAAAGAGCUGAACGUCCCGAAAACAGUUUAUUUAAUUUGUAAUGUUUGAUGUAUAAACCUGCUGCCACUGGGUCAACGUGGUCAUAAUGGUAACUACACACCUGUGUCUUUCACUCCCUGACUUUCUUCUUCAUGAAAGGCAGGCAGAAACAGAUUAAAAAGGAAGCCUCAGUCACUGUGAUAUUAAUAUAUUUACUUUACUUUUUUAUAAAGAAUACUGGUGAUUUAUACAAAUAUAAAUGCUUUUUGAAGCUGAAAUAAUUUACUCUUCAUAUUUAAAAAAAGUGUAAACUUGUAAAACAUUGAGUUCUUUAAUAAAAGCCAGAAUCGUUUUUUAGCUCGA